UCAGCUUCUUGCCAUGUCUUCUCACAAGGCUUUCAGAAUCAAGCGAUCCCUGGCCAAGAAACAAAAGCAAAAUCAUCCUAUUCCUCAAUGGAUUUGGAUGAAAACUGGUAACAAAAUCAGGUACAACUCCAAGAGAAGACACUGGAGGAGAACGAAGCUGUGA